AUGCUUAAGGUGUCGUCCCAGGACCCCAGCCGCGCCCCCCUCCUCCUCUCAGCAGAGUGCCAGCGCAGUGGCACUGUGAUGCGUGUGUCUCUGGACUACCACUGCUGCCCCGCCACGGCACCCUCCACCCAGCUGACAUGUGUCCAAGUGCUGCUGCCUCUGGAGCCCAGCGCCACGGACGUGCAGUGCCAGCCCCCAGCCUCAUGGAACACGGAGGAGAGACGACUACUGUGGAAGCUUCCAAACCUGUCCCCCACCAACCACAGCAAAGGCUCCGGGACUGUGUGUGCAAGCUGGCAGUGUGCAGAGGCUCCCUGGGGUCCCCCCCCCAGCCUGGCUGUGCAGUUUGUGGGCUGUGGGGCCUCUCUGUCGGGCAUGGAGCUGGAGCUGGUGGGCAGCCGUUACCGCAUGUCGCUGCUAAAGAAGAGGUUUGCCACAGGGAAGUACAUGGCUGGAUGCACUCUCUGA